CCCACGUCGUAUCUCUCAAGCAUUGAAGCAGUAGUGAGAUCGCGCUUUUUGAGAUCAGUUGGCUUUGUCCAAUUUGGCCGGGAUCACCUUUGAGCGAACGAGUAUUGAGCAUCAAAAUAAACAAAGAGUCCAAGAAGCUUUUUUUUGGAAUUAUAUUUUUGAGGAAUAUUUCGAAGUGCGUGUUACCUACGUUACGAAUGUCGGUCUGUGCAAAAUGUUCAGUUGUUAUUUUGUCUUAAUAUUGUAUUUUGCUGGAAGUUUCGGAGCACGCAAAGACUCGCACAUCGUCAGUCACCCAGUGGAAUUAUCGAAUACGCGUUAUUCGUUAAAGCCAAGCAGUCAAACCCUCGCAAGCAACCAAUCCCCCAGAACUAAUGAUUACGAUGAUCAUAGCGGGUUCCCAUGGUUACGCCCGCCGAUGUACGUUCUACAUGCCUCCCCGCCGACGACCGCAGACGACGAGGAAACCGUAUUCAAAACCUACCAACCGAGAGAAGACCCGAAGCUAUACUACCAGUCUGAAGCAUAUCUUAAAGAAAUUAAUGACCAAAAUGCUAACAAAGAAGUAACGUAUGUUUACCCUGGGUGGGAAGUGGUCCGUGCUGGUGAGAAAUACCGAUUACCGAAGCGUUUAUUGAGGAGUAGAGAAGACUAUCGAAUUAACAAACCUAAAAUAUGCAUAAAAUGCCCUCACGAUAGAACGUUAGUAGCAAAAGUGGGCGCAGACAAAGUAAUUUUACAAAGUCCAGUACUAACUACGUGUUCUGGACGCAAAGCUCCCAGAAGCGCCCGGCUGAUCCACCUGUACGGACCUAAAUUCGGCCAAUUGCUCCAACACGGUUCUCAUACUAUUGUUGGCCGUUUAAUGCACAAGAAUGAAACACUGCGGCUUUGUAAACUACAGGUGCAUGUGAUAAUUCAAACAUGUACGACACCAAAAUAUCUCGUAUCUCGUUGUUUAGAUAGGAAUGCACCUUGCAAUUUUACAUGUCGCGAUCAAACGCUGGAGCUACAAGGAGAAUCAUCUUUAGUUUGUGGUGAAGAUAUGAAAUGGGAGGGGCACCUUCCUGUAUGUCGAGCCCGUAACUGGUGCCAGCCAUUAUCGCCACCAGACGUGGGAAACGUAAGCUGUAGAGGAGGAACCACUGAUAACGACUUGGGGUUAAACGAGGGUACGAGAUGUCGGAUUCGAUGCCCAAUAGGUUGGCGAUGGUUCCCCAAAGCUGUCGCCGUAUGCCGACGGGGUGUUUGGACAAACGAGUUACAGUGUAUGCCGAAGAAAAUGAUACAGGAUAACUCUCAAUUAUUAUUACACCCUCAAUCGAUCAGAUAGGUCUAAUAGCGUAUCUAUGGAGUGAAAAUAUCUCAUUGCGUGUUGGACAUUUUUUUGAGAUGGAGAAUAAAUCCAAUAAACAACAAAGAACCGUCAGUGUUGAACUAAGUACAAUGUUACUUGCCGUUAAAUUAACCGAUUUUUCAGGAAAAACAAUUACACUAAUUUUUUCUGAAAUUUAAACAUAAAUAUUUGUAAAUUCGGGUUAAUAGGUAUAAGUUAAAAUAUUGAAUAGUAUAGCUCGUGCGGAUUAAUUUGACACCUGAUUAUGAUGAUGUUUGUUCUGUGUUAAUCGGUUGUGUUUGGUAGCCAGGUGUCAAGUUAGUGCGCACGAGAUAAAUAUAAAUAUUUUUUUCCGGCCAGAAUCCUAUGUACAAACUGGUUGUAUGUGCGUUCUUCUUUUUUUUGGUUUAUUGGCUCCGCGCGUAGAACGAACAGCCAGCGACCAGUGUUUUGUUGCUAGCAUAAAAAACUCGAUUAGAUACAUAAAAAUAUUUCCUGAUGAUUCAAAAAAAUAUGCUCAUCUAAAUGUUUAAGUUUUCAGUUUUGUUGACACUCAGAGUGCUACUGUUUUAUAUACUUUUACCAAAUAUUCUUCCUGUAUAAUACAAUAUGUAAUCGGAAGAAAAUAAUUACAAAAAUGCACUUUGACUUGGACCUAUAAAUAAACGGGUCUAUAUUACAGUCGAUGUGUACCUACUGUUUACCAACAAAAAAAUUAGAAAUGAUACCUUCAUUUAAACGCAUUAAUAACUUAUGUUAUAUUUUAAAAUAUGUAGGUACCUGUUGUUUGUUUAUAAAAUAUAUUAACUAUACUAUACCUAUCUAAUUUGUUCUAAGCAUAAUAAUCGAAUUUAUUUUAAUUAUUAUAGGAACGAGUUUAUUAAUAUUAGGUGUGAAAUAACUCAAGAUUUAGAGUUAGACCCUUAUUUUUUGAUUUUGCUAAACAGAAUCGAGAAGAUCUGUGAUAUUUUUUGUUAAUUUAUGGACGUCCGAAGUACCGUAGGUACUUGGUAGUAACAUAAUAUUUUGCUGACAAACUUUCAUCUUUCAUAAAAAAAGGUUAUAUUUUUACUAUAUCAAGCUAAGCUUACGAAAACGAAAGCUAACGAAUUAUUAACUAGUGAGCACAUAAAUUAGCUUUAAAUAAUAUAUUGUCUAUUGAUGGAGUCACAGAUUCAAUAAUAAUAGUCGGAUAGAGCGCAGGGAACACGACGAUGUCGUAGCCGUUCCGAUUCCGUUGCCGAUUUUAAAUAUUUUAAUACUGUUUAAAAAUCAGUAUUUUAAUUGGUAAUGAUUGAGUAUUAAAUUAAUUUACGUACCUAAUUGUUGUUAGUGUUAAAUUAUGAAAUACAAAUUAUGAAUAAAGUUUGUGUAUGUAGAUGUCAAGGAGA